AUGCCAGCACAACGUCGUCAUCGCUCGACGGUCGCCUGUAAAAAUUGCAGACGUCGGAAGGUGCGGUGCAGUGUGACCGUUACAGGCGUACCGUGUUCAAACUGCACCCAAGAUCGAACCACAUGUGCCAUACAGGAGAUCGGUCAUGAGUUACUUAGAAGUACCUUCCCGAUAUCUGCACGCGAGGCGUCGCCGGUGACUGUUCUGGAGGAUGCUCCGGGAACCGAGUAUUCUGCAACUUUGAGAAACAAGAACCUGAUCACAUCUCCUGAUUAUGCACCACAAACUCACAAGAUUGAUGCAACGGGGCCAUUGACGUUCAAUAAAGCCGCUGCACUGCAUGACAAUGCUGACACUCAACUCGACCCAGAGCGUCAGAGAGAUCUCGAUGAAGAGCAAAGUGGCGCUGAGCUCUCGUAUGCUGCAAGAGGGCAAGGAAAUUCGAGCUUGGGCACACCUUUCUACACUGGAGAACAACCGGGAGUGACUUCCCUGUUCGACACUCAGGAGCCUAUACCAAGGCACAUUAUGCUUAGACCUGCUCCCCCAAGUGUGUUGUCACGUGAUGAUCGCGAUUUUCUACAACGCAAAGGUGCGCUGAAGCCUUUGCUCUUGUACUCUCAUCGAGAAUUUCUCCGCGCAUACUUUCACCACGUUCAUCCAAUGCUACCAAUACUGCAUCUUGCUAGGCUACAGGAAUUCGAAUUCCCUGAGUCAAUACCACUCCAUGGUAUGCUUUUGUAUUGGAGCAUGGCUGUUGUAGCGGUGAAUUUCGUUCCGAGCGACGCGUGGAGGGCAGAGAAUUUCACAUCAAGGAAAAAUAUGAAAGAUACGAUGUAUGAUCGUGCGAAAUGCAUGUACGACAACUCUGGAGAAACUGACAAAGAAGUCCUUCUACAAGCCGCCCUUCUAUUGUCUUUCUGGCACUCUGACAGAGACAGCCAUUCUCAGCCAUGGUAUUGGAGCGGAGUUGCGAUCAGUUGGUGUCACAUCAUAGGUAUGCACCGCGACCCAGAUGCGGCGCGGGUCAAUCCGCUCGUCUCUCCCCAGCGCCGCAACCUGUGGCGACGAUUGUGGGCCAGCUGCCUGUUUCGCGAUCGUUGGCUGAGUUUGACACUCGGAAGACCUCUCAGAAUUCGCCUGAGCGACUGCGACAUGCCUUUUCCAGUUCCACAAGAUGUCCUGCAUGAUCUCAGCAUGCUUCCCAACGCGCUACGUGCUUUUUACAUUCCUGAGGAUCUCAGUAUUAUGAUCGAGCACUGGGUGUUGCUGAUUCGACUCAGCAGAAUGCUGGGUGAGGUUCUUUCUCUGUUUUAUCAACAGUUGGGAGUUCGACCAACGCUCUUGCAAUUCGAUGCCCUUGAGUCUCAGCUGAGCGGAUUUGCAAUCCCCGAACCCUUCAAAACUUCCCCGUGCCCGCUCGCAAUGUUUAGCUACUACCAUCUCCAGUUGCACUAUCAAGCGACCCUAAUAACGUUCUAUCGCCCAUUUGUAUCCACAGUCCCACAGGGUCUUCCCCCGCAAGCAGAAGAAGCCUGGAAAAGUCGAGUGCGAACUCGCAUGGACACCGCUGCAACAAAUUCGAAUGGCAUCGUAGACUGUAUUGCUCGCGACGGACUUGUGGGCUUCGCAACCCCAAUGACACCACCGCUGCUUAUACCCGCUAUGCAUGUCCACCUGUUAAACUGUAAGUCCGAGAAUCAUUUAACCCGUCGACUAGCUCUUAACAAACUCGAAAUGUGCAUGGCAAUUAUGCGAGAGUUGCAAAAGACCCACACUUCGGCAUCGAUCUUCUGUGGGGUGUUUGGAGAAGCAAUUCGCCAGCUUGCGCCAGGACCCUUGGAUGAGAGUAUCUGGGGUGUUCCUCGGAUCAGACGUCCUCAGACGGUGGCGGCAUUGUCGCCUGAAGGUAUUCAAGCCCCUGGCGUCGAUGACUUUGCUUUGCAGACAGUCGUUACAGAUGAUAUUUUGGAGUCUCUUUUAAACGAGACCUCAUCGUACAACUUUUGGGAGUCGAUAAAUAUGCCGGAACAGUCUUGGAACAACUAUAGAGAACUAUGA